UGGUUACACUAGUUUACAAAAUAAAACGAAAGUCGUGAACUUCUGUCAACGACCAAAAUUUUUGAAGCAUAAUUUAGUGCUGAUUUCGAAACCGUGCUUCAAAAUUUUUUAAGUAGAACAGUUUUUGAGUUUAAGCUUAAUAUCGAGUUUUACAACUUUUCAAAAUAUGGAAUUUAAUAAAGUUCAAAUAUCUUGAGUUUUGUUCAACCAAUUUCAAAUCUUUUUCCAUAAAUUGAAAGCUGAAUAUAAUACCAUUCGAUCAACUGAAUGCAUGUUUUGUGUCAGAUUGAUAAAAUUCAAGAUAUUGGCGAGUUUUGGGGACGAUCUCCUUAAAUUUCAGCAAAAUUUCCAAAAAUAUAUGAAGAAAUGUAUUUUUUUCAAUAAGAAAAAAGCAAUUUAAAAAUUCUUUCUCAACGUUUAUUUGACAUAUUAUAUAUAGGCGAGUUACAGUAAAAAAUUCAGCUCAAUCGGAGCAUUAAUUACGGAGAAUGAGAUGUGUGAAGUGAGCGACUUUACUUAAAAAUAGAACAAAAAUCGAUUUCAAAUCAUCAACCUUGUAUGGAAAGUCGAAAAAAUUUCCGCUCUACUGUAAUUUUUUUCCUUUGCGUUUUCAAACUCAGGGCAUGAUUCUACACCAAAAACGAUCAUCAGCUUACCGAGUUCAAAAAUGCUGUAAACUAGUGUUAUAGUAAAUUAUAAAUCUUAUUACACUUCAAAGAAAGCUGCUGUUAAAUCGUGAUCCGACGAAAGAAGUUUCAAUUUAUGCGUUUUUUUUUCGUGGACUACGUGAAGCAUUGUGAGUUAGUAAGAAAAUAGAAGUAGUUGGUGAGUUUUUAUGUAACGUACUUCAUGAAUGAUCCAGAAUACACAACAAACCUUUCUUUAUAUUAACACACACUUACAAUACCGUCGUUGGGGGUGAGAAUGGGUCAAAAAAGGAUACUCAAAGAUUGUUUGUCAAAUAACAAAUGCAAUUGAAGACGGAAUAACUUUUUAUUUGGUAUGUAUACUCUCCUAUGUAGUAAUGAUAGUUUAGCAAGAAAGUAUCACGUUAUAUGAAUUGCUUACUAAACUACAAAUGAUUGAAAAUUGACCCAAUCUCACCCCUUAGAGGGGGUGAGAAUGGGUCAAAGUAUUCGAAAUCACCUAUCUAAGAAUAUAAGUUAAUUUUAUUGAUCAUAUCUAGUAAAUCUACUUAAAACACAAUGUUAUCAUGACGAAUGAAAACUUGGGUAAUCUUAAAAGAUGAAUAAUCCACCUGAAAAGGCUAACACAACCGAAAAAUGGUUGAAAUUUGAUAAAAUAACGUUUGUAUACUGAGUCAUCAUUUUUAGCCAUCAUAAUCAUCCACAUUAAGAGUUUCAACCUCCAUUAGAGGAGGGGAGAUUACAAUGAGGGAGGGGCGCAUUGAAAGAUUGAUUUUAAAAAACAUGAUAGUUUUAGUAUACUGCAUAAGAAAUGUUUAACCAAACCCUCCGUUAUUAACUCUUAUGUACAUGAUCAUUGGCUUCUAUAUUGCUAAAGCAAAUCACUCCAUCUCAAGAUAGAGGGACGUUCAAAUAUUAUGUUAAGUCUAUUUUGUGAGCUUGCAGUACACUAAAGAUUAGCUGAUGAUUAGAGGAGCUGUCCAAACGCAUGGGUGUAUUGUUAUAAAUUGUUAUAGGCACUAAACGUAUUAACAAACUCGUUUGAGACUUCUCAACAUAUUUUGAAAGAAAGCGUGCUUUUAUGAAGAUACGGUGAACAUGGCACCACUCUAACGUCAAAUGGGGACUGGAUAACAAGUUGAAUUUUUAGUUAAGGUUAUGUGCACUCGAUAACUUGCUUGACCCAAUCUCACCCCCAUUCUUAAUAUUUAGACAUAAAGUCUAAAAUAUUGAGUUUUUAAAUAAAAAGAGCAAUAACAGCCCGCUUUUUUCAUUACAUCAACCAGGUAAUACCUACAGCUAACCACUUAUAAGAAAAUUUAUGGUUAGGUACUUGUGUUAAACAUUACGAAGGAGAAAUUUUUUCAGAGUGAUUUACUAGUAGUUUCGUCAUAUAAGUUUAGCCACAAAUUUAACAAAAAACGAUUAUUGCAAAACAUCUUAUUCUGCAUUAUGACGUGUAAAAACAUCUCCUCUUUGAAAUAAUAUAAAGUUUUCAAUAUAAAUUAGCGAUAGUUGAUGAGCUAUUUCAAAUUUUAUGUUUCUCCGUUUUGACCCAAUCUCACCCCCCAGACCCAUUGUCACCCCCAUCGACGGUAACAAUAAAAAUGCAAGCUGAAAUGAACUGUCAAAUAAAUAUGUUGAAAAUAUAUAUGAAUCCCAUAUAAGAGUAACAUAAAUGGAUGUAAGUUUCUAUACAAAAACCAUCUUACAGUUUCUUACAGUUUGAUGAUUUUGGCUUUCUAAGAGAGGCAAUUACAUGUACUUUCACAUGCGUAAAAGGAAAUUUGCAUAUAUUUGCCUAUAGCUAAGUUAUAUAUGCUUGAAAUAUGGCCCAAAAAACUAUAAAAACCGUUAUAACUAUUUUAAUUUUGGAAUUAGCGGGAUGUCAUGUUCAGCAAAGUUGUGUGUUUUACCAUUAUCUAUAACUUUGUAGAACAUGAGAAAAUUGUAGAAUCAAUUUUUAGAAAGUUAUUGCGCAAAAACCUUUUUCAAGGGGUCGAUGAAAGAAAACGUAACGUAUGUUGAAAAGUAACGGAGUUGGUGUCUAGGUGUCUUCGGCAAAGUUGCUCCAAACAACAUUUUCUACAACUUUUGUGAAGACACCAAUCUCGUAUCUUGAAAAAUUCAAAAAAUAAAUUUUCUAUCUCACUUUUAGGGGGAUUGAUCAUGUUUCACAGAAGCUCAAAAGAAGCUCGUUAUUAUAGUGAAAAACUUUCCCGAAGACACCAUGACGCUAAACUUCAUAGUAAAAAAGUUAUUAAUUAAGCGCGCUAAAAUGACGAAAUCAGCCACUGUGCGUCGUCGCGAUUCCCCAGUGGCACACUUGCGAGCGUACUACAUACGAAUGUUGGCGCUGACUGACUCGGCAGGACAGACAGACUGACUGGCUGAGGCUGCCCAAGGGUCAAUGCCAGUGUCCGGCUGAGUCUCACACUCACGAUAGGGUUUGAUUCUAUUUAGGAUCUGGAUCACGUCCGAUCGAAUGAUCAGUCUCAAUUCAACUCUCGAUUCACCGCACACGGUACGCGCGUAAUGGCGGUUCUAAGAAUAAUUCGGGGCUUCUUCAGGCGCGUACGGAUGCUUGCGGAAGAGUACUUUUCGAGCUCAUCGAUUCACGGAAUGCAGUACCUGGCGUCAAGUAGUCGACCGCCGAUCGAGAAAGUAUUCUGGGUCUUGAUUUUUAUUGUGUCGAUAUCCGCGUGUACGAUUUUGUCGCAGGCGAUCUACAGGAAGUGGCAGCAGACUCCGGUGAUCAUUGCGAUCAACGAAAGAAUGACACCAAUAUGGGAGAUUCCUUUCCCCGCGAUCACCAUCUGCCCAGAAGUUCACAACUACAGUGCCAGUGAGUUCAGAGUAGAGUGCGUGUACUACGCGUAUCCGUACAAGGAGUGUGAAGUGACGACAACUUUGGUUGGAGAAAUGCCUUGCGCGACGUUUAACGUGCUGUCCGCUAGUCAGAUGUUUCACCCGGAAGUGCUUGCCAACGUCACAAACUAUCGCUACCUUCGCGAAAUAACGGAAGUAUCAUCCUGGAACCUUGAACUCGGCUACAAUAACAGCAAUCACAUUCCAUCGUACCCAGUUCGAGCGUUUCGAAUAGGGACCCUUCACGGUGUAUCCGUGGUAAUACAACAACGUGCAAUCCCGGAAGUUAAUCGACACCGUCCGAACACUACGGCGUCCUUCCAAAUCAUCCUUCACGUACCGAACGAAUAUCCUCAAAGUUCAAACGUGUACUACGAAAUCCCAGCCAACCAGGACGGCGAACUCCACAUCACUCCUCACAUGACCACCACUUCCGAUGAACUGGAGGAUUAUCUCCCCGCGAAGCGGCAGUGCUACUAUCAAGGUGAGCGAAAGCUCAAAUAUUUCCAACACUACACCGUUGCCAACUGUGAACUGGAGUCCAUCGACGACUACAUCACCCGGUACUGCGGGUGUGCCAUGUUCCCGGUUCCAGGACGAGAGAACAUCUCCGCGUGCAGCGUCGGCAGAGAGGACUCCUACUGCUGGAUAGCAGAACAAGAAGGUCUCCAAUACAGUAUGUCCUUCGAUCGGAUCCACCUGUAUCCAAAGCCAGAAGACGACUGCCUACCAGCCUGCACGUCAAUUUCCUACGACGCCGAUGUCACGGUAUUCCCCACCAAGCGAUUUCAACGAAUGGAGAACAGCAUAACCACCACCAAUCUGUGGUUGGGCUUUCGGACGCCGCAGUUUGUCGCGUGGAAGCGACGGGAGCUGUUCAGCGAGACCGAUCUGAUUGCCAGCAUUGGCGGUCUGGUGGGGCUGUUUAUCGGUGCGAGCCUGCUGAGUGCGGUGGAGAUGAUUUACUUUUGUGCCGUGCGGCUUUGGAUGGUGCCAAUGGCGAGGAAGGAUAGCACAGGCAGCACAGGUGGUUGUAGCAAAUGUGGUGUCAAAGCUGGAGGCGCAAGUAGUGGAAAACCACCAGCGGGGUCGUUGAAUGAAAAGUAGAAUGAAGUGUGAUAUUGAUGUGUUUUGAUUGAAUACAGA